AAUCGACCGCCUGUUACUAAAGCAGUCGCAAUCGUUCGCCAGAACGUUCAAAACCCGCUCUUAGUUUGAAAUUCUGAAAGUCCUACGCCCAGAAUCUCUGGACCUGUAACCGUUUCCAAACUGAGGGAAAACAGAAACACGCGUAACAAAAAAAAAAAUAAAAUAAAAUCGGGCCAUACAUGUGCCGCAACUUCAUGACGGAACCGGAACACGCUGCGUGAGAUAUAGAGAAAUUCCAGUGACCAAAACGCGAACGUUAACGUUUCGAAAAAUCUGAAAAGCAAAAGUAUACUAAAAAUUCAACCCGCGCCGCACACAUGACCACCGCAUUAACCAUGGUGAAACCGGGUGGUAAAUACGCCAACGAGAAAUUCUUCGGGGUGAGGCAUGUGCAGUGCAUCCUGUGCUUCUUCUGCCUGGCGAUGAGCUACGCCUGGCGAGUGAACCUCAGUGUGGCCGUGGUGGCCAUGUCGGACAACAGCAACAACACGGCCCAGAACAAUACCGAUCAUAGCGAGGAAGCCGACGGCUCUGAAUUUGACUUCUUUAAUUCCGAGCGCUACUACAGCUUCACCAAAGACCAGAGGGCGUACAUGCUGGGCAGCUUCUUUUAUGGGUACGUCGUCACCCAGGUGCCCGGUGGCUACUUUGCCCAGAUUUAUGGAGCUAAGACCAUGCUGAUGUACGGAUUGGGGAUAGCCGCCUUAAUCACGAUAUUGUCGCCGCUUUCCCUGCAGCUCGGUGGAUGGUUCGCCCUAUGUUGCAUGCGAUUCGCCAUGGGUCUCAGCCAGGGUGCAGUGCAUCCGGCGACGCAUGCGCUGCUGGCCAAGUGGUCGCCCGCCCAGGAGCGAGGUCUACUGGGAACACUCUGCUACUCUGGCGCCCAGUUUGGAACGGUGGUGAUGCUGGCCACGAGUGGUUACAUCGCGGACUCCUUCAUGGGAUGGCCGAGUAUCUUCUAUCUGGGCGGAGCUUGCGGCUUCCUGUGGAUGAUCUUCUGGUACGUGUUCUCGGCGAGCACGCCCGAGGAGCACCGUCUCAUUUCGCCCGAGGAACUGAAGUACAUCACGGAAUCGCGCAGCGAUGGCAAGAUGCAAUCGGCUGAGAAACUGGCGCCCACACCGUGGAAGUCCAUCUUCACCUCACUGCCCUUCCUGUCCCUCCUCGUGGUGCACUGCACCCACAUGUUCGGCUUCUGGCUGCUGCUCACCCAGAUUCCCACUUACAUGAAGGCCAUCUACGGCAAGGAUAUUAAGGAGAGUGCGCUGUCCUCCGCUCUUCCCUACAUGGUGAUGCUGCUGAUGAGUUUCUUCUUCGUCUGGCUGUCGAAGGUGCUGCAGAAAAAGGAGGGACUGUCGCUGUCCUUCAACAGGAAGAUCUUCAACACCAUUGGCCACUGGGUACCCAUGGUGUCGCUCAUAGCCCUGGGCUAUGUUCCCCAAGAUAAUUCCGCACUCGCGAUAACACUGCUCACCGUUACUGUGGGAAUCAGUGCGGCCACCUAUCUGGGCUUCCAGGUGAACCACAUAGAUCUGUCUCCGAAUUACGCCGGCACUCUGAUGGGUCUUACGAAUGGAGCGGCGAAUGUGAUGAGUGGGAUUGCUCCAAUAAUCGUUGGCUGGAUUGUACAUGAUGAAAAAAACGUGCAUGAAUGGCGCUUGGUGUUCCUACUGGCAGCCGCCUUCUACUUCGUGGGCAAUCUCCUCUUCGUGAUCUUCGGACGCACGGAGGUGCAGUGGUGGGACUCUCCGCGGGACAACAAGGAGGAUGCGGAGCAGGGCACGCCCCUCGCGCCCAACGGCCAGGUCAAAUAGAGGCAGGCACAACCAUACCGCUUCCAGAAUCAUCCGGGCUGUUGUUUCGUAGUUUAGUAGGCGUAGUUAGUUAGUUAGAGACCAGACAAGCUGAAAGUUAACUUUAGUGACGAUCGCGUGCUUCCAUUAGCGAUAUUAUACGGUAAUUGCUUAGUCCUAAGGCAGAGUAAAUUAUUAUUGUUUGCAGUAUUUUCCAUAAUGUACAUAAUCCCAAAAGAAAGAAAAAAAAACAAACAAACCAAUUAAACUUGCAACUUGAGAAAGCGUUCAGUGUAAAUAGGGACUAAAGUCCGCGACGAGUGUAAUCGCUGCUGCAACAUCAACUCUAGUAAUUGUUAUGUUUUAGUGUUAAGUUAGGCAUAAACGAAAACCAAACUUGUGAUGAAAGAAAGUAAACUAAAAAAGGCAAAAAGAAUGAUGGAGACAAUACUAGCCAUAAAUAAAACAGCUCAAUUCGCAGCUGCAAAAGAGUCAAACUGUACCGAAA